AUUUGAACAAAACUUGUGCAUUGAAUAUGUACCUACUUAUUGUUUAUUAGAAAUAAAUCCAUUUUAAAUAAAAGAAAACGCAAGAUCAUCAAAAGAUUUAAAAAAGUAUACUUAUUCAAAAACUCUACUUAUCGAGAUAAAACUAUGGCAGACAUACCUGAAAUUGGGAACAUAGCACAUUUGAAACAAAAACUUAGGAACAUUUGCCAAGCGGAGAAGUUUUGCUGUAUAUGUUUGGAAAAUACAGAGAAACUAUGGCAGUUAGAGACCGAGUUUGAUAUCGCAGUAAAUGGACGAACACUAAAGAGAAAACUCAAUGAGUUGGUCUACUAUUUAUUUGGAGAUUGGAAAGGAGUAACAGCAAGUAUCUACAUAUGUAGCUACUGUACAGAGAAAAGCAUACAGUCUUAUUUAUUUAUCUACAAUGCUAGACAACUUUCCAGAAUCAUGUUGAGCUAUAUAGAAGACAUAUCAAACAAAAUCAAUUAUGUAAAUGGUCAAAUUGAAACAAAUUGUGAUUUCAAUAAUUCCAAUUUCAUCAUUGUGCUUGAUGAAAAUGAAGCUAACAUCAAUAAUUACUUGGAUAUUAAUGCUAAAACUGAAAUAACAGCUAAAGAAUCGUCUCAUUCACAUUUUCACAAAAAAAAGGGGAAUCCAAUAAAAAAGUUAGAUGAUGAAAAUAUAACUGUGAUGUUUAAAGCACCCGAAAAUAAUUCUACAAAAUCUUUUAGGAAAAAGAGAAAGUUUUCUAAGACUGUUAUCUACAAAUGUUUGAAAUGUAAAAUAGCAUUAUCAACAUUAAAUGAGUGGAAUCGACAUGAGAAAAUAUGCAAACAUCACAGAAGAGUUUGUAAGAUAUCUCGAGCAGCACAGUGUACCGUUUGUUAUGAAGUUUUGAAAACACAAAGAUUAUUAUCGAUACACUACAAAAUGAUUCAUCAAAUGGAAAGAUGCAAGAUUUGCUACUUGAUAAUGCCGGAAGGAGGGCUACGCGAUCAUUUGAAACUGAACCAUGCAGACGAUAUCCAUACGUGCGAAUUUUGCGAGCACAUAACUUACUCCGCAUCAGCUCUAGAAAUACAUACGAAGAAAAAACAUGGCGACCCUCAAUGCAUUAUGUGUUUAAAGAGCUUUAAACUUUUAGAUCUACGGAGUCACAAAUGCAAGUUUGGGUGUUUAGAUUGUAAGGAGAUACCUUGUAUUCAUCACAGAUAUUUAAUUAAUUAUAGAGAACAAGUGUUGAAUGAAGCUGACAAAAUUCAAUGUUUAGACUGCGAUUAUGUGUGUCCCAAACGUGAAACUCUGCUUGGCCACGUGAACCGCGAGCAUUUAGACCACCACCCUUUCACAUGCGCACAUUGCUCUCAACAAUUCUACUCGAAAGUGACUUUGAGGAAUCAUUUAAAUAAUUUUCACAAAGACAAUUACGCGUGCGAAUUUUGCGACGGACACUUUAAAUCUCAAUCCAUUUUGGACGAACACGUUGAGAUAUGCAAAUGGAUUAAGAGGCAUCAUAAAUGUGAGGAUUGUGCCUCAUCCUUUGAUACUCUGCAAGAAUUACAGAUUCAUAAAAAAUCUAAACAUAACGAAGAAACAUUCCCUUGCAAUUUGUGUAAUAGGAAAUUCUUUUCCGUUUUAAAGCUUAAAGAGCACACAUUUAGAAUACAUUCAGGCAUUCAGAUAAAGAAAAAGAGGAAUGCUUUGGAAUGUACAAUAUGCGACAUCAAAUUCAUUGAAAGAAAAGAAUAUAAGCAACACAUCGCUUCACAUGGUUCUGGAAAUAGUAUAAAAUUUCCAUGUAAAAGUUGCGAUAAGGACUUUGAUGAUAUAAAGAAGCUUCAAGCUCAUACGCGCAUGCAUGACGAUGACGUCAUCAAGUGUAAUCAUUGUAAGAAACUAAUAACUGCACCCUUCUAUCCCCAACACAUGAUAUAUUGUGGGGCGAGGAAUGAAGAAAAUAAUCUAUCUUGUGAAACGUGCGGCAAACAAUUUCAAACAGAAAUACUUCUUAAAAUGCACAGGCAAGUUCAUUUAGACCGAAUAACUUGCCAAAUAUGUGGGAAAUUAAUCAAGCCCGCAUACCUUAAAAGGCAUUUGAAGUUCUCUCAUGGUCAAGCAGAUAGAAAACCCAAGAAGAAUUUGAAAGCUAUCAAAUGUGAGUGGUGUGGCCACAUGGUCACGCGGAAUGGCGAAUUAGAAUCCCAUGUGAAUAGAUUCCAUUUGAAGAUAAAGCCUUAUGAAUGUAAUACUUGUAGCAAAACAUUUUGCGGAAAGGAGCGGUUGCGUGAACACAUACAGACUCAUUCCAGUGAACACACGCGCUAUUGUACAGUUUGCGGUAAAAAAUUCGCCAAUCAGGUUUGCUUAAAAAUGCAUUUACGAUUACACUCUGGAGUUACGCCUUACGCGUGUGAUAUGUGUGGUGAGAAAUUUAGGUCAUCGAGUAUGAUGAACACACAUAAGAUAAAGAAACACACAGAGAAGACUAUACCAUGUCCAUUGUGUGACGCCAUGUUUUAUUUAGCGAGGGAAAUGCGUCCCCAUUUCAAGAAAGUACAUUGGAAGAAUAAGGGUCAGAAAUUCGAUCCAAGAGACGUGAAGGAAUUGAAAGAAGAAUUUUAUUAUUUAUUUGAAGAUCGUAGAAUACCUAAAGUGAACGACAAAGAGUAGUAUUAGUGUUCUCAUGGUGUAUCUCACCAAAUCAGGGGAUACAUUACUCCCCCCUCCCCUCCCCAUUUGUUUGAAUUUCAAACCUAACCAGAUAAGAAGACAUUUUGUAGCGAAAAUAUUAAGGUAGUUUUCUAAACACUUAUACCUACUUAUAAGCAUACUGGAAUACAAUCUGUGACCGAAAGUUAGUUUUUUCAAUAUACCUAUGUAUGUAAUAGUAAAACAAUAAAUAUCAUUAUAAAAUAGU